GACGUCUCCCGGAAGCGUUCACGUGCAGGCAGCCGGCAUACGUCAUGGCGGCCAGAUUCCUGUUCGGGAUUUCCCGGACCUGGGCCGGCCGGCGGGCCAGGGAGCUCCCGGACCCCGCCGGUUUCAGAAGACUCCUCGUACGGGAUUAUGCCAAGAAGCCGGUCAUUAAGGGGACCAAAGGCGGCAAAGGUGGUGUGGUCAGUGAGGCCCUGAAAGACCCGGACGUGUGCACAGACCCCGUACAACUCACCACCCACGCCAUGGGCGUCAAUAUCUACAAGGAGGGCCAGGACGUGGUCCUGAAGUCAGACGCAGAGUACCCUGAAUGGCUGUUCCAGAUGAACGUGGGCCCCCCUAAGACGUUGGAGGAGCUGGACCCUGAGACCCGAGAGUACUGGCGGCUUCUACGGAAACAGAACAUCUGGCGCCACAACCGGCUGAGCAAGAACCAGAAAUUCUAGUCGGGGUGGGGGGGCCUGAGCACUGCGCCCCACCAAGGGCCCCUCCAGAACCCCCAAGAAGGACCUGGGGGGCACAGCACCUCCGCCAUCCCGCCUCCACAGAGACCUUUUAUUUUCCUGGAGGAAGUAGACUUUUCUGAGAACAGAGGAAGUCCCCUCACCUGGGUUCCUAUGUGGCCCCCACGGUGAGGCCGGACCAGGAUGCUGGGGGCCAAUAAAGACUCUUGGGGCUGUCCUUGGCAGGCCCCGGAUGC